UUCUCCUCUUCCUUUUUUUUUUUUUUUUGGGCAAAAAGAGAACAGCUAAAGAAGCCGAACAGAGACAGGAAGAAUGGUGGAGACCCAACAGAGGGAAGAAGUAAAUGAAGGCUGAGAUAAGAAAGACAGAGAUAGAGUGAAGGGGGAAAAAAAACACAUUAGAAAAUAAGGGCAGAGGGAAAAAAAACAACUGGAAUAAACUGAUGCAGGAAGAUUGAUAGGCAGCACAAGAGAGACAAGUGCCGGGCAAAAUUUGAUGGAUUAAUAGCAAAGGGAUGUACAUUCAGAAUCUUUCCAGCAUCCAGUUAUCUCUGUGAGCAAAAGAAGAUAGGGGGUGCAGAGAAACCGAUCAAAGAAAGAAAGAGGGAGAGAAAUGGGAUAAAGGGAACAAAAGAGCACAACUCAGAACUAACAGCUCAGAGAGAAAGCUCCCAAUUGUCUGCCCACUCUAUCCAUCGCAGCUUUCCAACUCUCCAAACUUCAGAUCUCAUGUCAGGACGUGCCAUUCGAGCCGAGACCAGGAGCCGGGCAAAAGAUGACAUCAAGAAAGUGAUGGCUGCUAUUGAGCAUGUCCGGAGAUGGGAAAAGCGUUGGGUGACGGUGGGAGACACCUCUUUACGGAUCUACAAGUGGGUGCCUAUUAUGGACCCUGGGGACGAGGAAAAAAGAAAUCUGGGAAAUAGCAAAGAGCAGCAGCCGACCAAAGAGAGGAGGUUUUCUCGAAGCAAUCCUGCUCUGCUCAUGUUGGACCUGAAUGAUGAGAACAGCAACCAGAGUUCGCUUUCUGAGACGUCCCUGCUGAAAGGAGGUGACACCAGCCCCACCCCUACCCCGGAUCGAAGCCAGACGGUGACUCCCACCCUCUUAGGAGACCUGAAGACCGAAGACUUGCAGCCCCCUCUUUUGGGACAAGAGGGAGAUUCUGGGGUGCUCCUUGAGGGAACCGAUGACCCUCCCAAGCUUAGCAAAGAAGAACCAGAUCACACGAUGUCUGAUUUCCAGGCCACGGACAAAGCAACUUGUUUGAAACCCACCAAAGAUGUGGAAAAACGAACCUCUGAAGUGGAGGAGUCUUUCUUGUUAGAAGGCCCCUCCCUGAAGCGGACCCGUACAGAGGAACCAGCUUUGCAGCCUACCCCACCCUCUGAAGUUUAACCUCAAGCUUCAGGCCUCUCCUUCCCAUUUCUUCUGAUAGAUGGAUCUAUGUGGGAGAACGUGACACAAUGUUAGCUAAAUAUGGUGUGUCCAAACCACCUGUCUGCAACAUGUCAUUGCUAGAGUACUUCCUGCUACCCCUUUGUGACAACACUGUUUACAUGAAACAUUCAUGUUUUAUGCAUGCAUGGAAAUGAGAUAUGGCUGUGGGAACGUAGGCCUAUGACCGAAAGAAAUCAUGUAGACUUGCAGAAAUGUGAAAAGCUGUUUACCUUACUUCUUACGCAGAAAUAUGAUUUAUAUAUUGGGAAUAUGAGAGAGUAAAAGUAAAGGUCUGUUUUAAAGCACACAUUAGGAAAGUCAAAAUCUUCCUAAAUUCUAUCUUCUAGCCUAGUUUCUCAGCAUGAAGGAGCAGCCUGUAAUUUAAAAGCAAGGCUACAAUUUUAUAUCCAUUCCAAAUCCAAAUUUUGCAGCAUGGAAACACAUAUUUUGGGAAAAGAGCAAAUUGCACAAUUUAAUUAUUUAAUAAUGCUAACGUUUAGGGUACCGGUGGGUUUUAAAAAAAUCUGGAAAAGGCAUGCAAGAUAUGUCUCUGUUACAGAUAGCUAUUUGUCUGGAAUGGUAUAGGGCCGUGAUGGCGAACCUAUGGCAUGGGUGCGACAGGUGGCACACAGAGCCCUCUCUGCGGGCAUGCAUGCCAUUGCCAGCUGCUCUUCUGUUUUCCAGCGUGCACACGUGUGCUGGCCAGCUGAUCUUUGCACGCGCAGGAGCACCAGAAACCCGAAGACCAACUGGCUGGGGCACAUGCGCGCCGGCCAUCUGGUUUUUGAAUUUUCAGCAUGUGCAUGGUCUUCACGCAUGCCAGAAACCCGAAGAACAGGUGGCUGGUGUACGCAUGCGCACCGGCCACCUGGUUUUUGGGUUUCCAGUGCUCUACCACAUGCGCAUUCUGGUCUGGGCACUCGGUGCUGAAAAGUUCACCAUCACUGGUAUAGGGUCUCCUGCUUGAGCAGGGGUUUGGACUAGAAGACCUCCAAGAUCCCGUCCAACCUUACGGUAUUCUAUGUUCUCGGUUUGCAGAUGACAAAUCCAAUGCUGCUUUGCCAGCCGAGAAAACAGAUUGAACUUUGAUGUGCAGGCACAAAUAAGGCCUGGAAUUAAGCCUCCAUUGAAAUGAUUAACCUUUGGUCUAAAGCAGGAAUGGGCAACUAUGGUCCCUUUAUGACCUGAGGACUUCCAACGUCCAGAAUUCUGAGAAUUGAAAUCUACAGGUCAUAAAGUUGCUCAGCCUGCUCUAGAGACUCUUUUUAUAGAGGCAUGUAAAAUAAGUUCAGGGCUGCCGUCACGUGGGUUCAGGGCGACCAUCUUGAUUGUCUUGACCUCUCUACAGAUGCUUUUGGAUUCUAUGCACCUGAGACACCAGGCUUUAUAUUCUGAGGAGAAUUUUUUCCCUAUAGUUAUUUCUGUUGCUGAAAAUUUGGUGUUGGAGUAGUUAGAAAAGCCAGGAGUCUUGUAUAAUGUAAAACAACAACAACAACACUAACCCACUUAAAACAGGACGGUUUCCUGCUUUGAUUCAGUUGCCACCUCAAAGAUGCCCCAUUUAUGCCUACUGUAAAGACUAAUUGGUACUUACAAGGCAGACCAACGGCUAGCCUUUGCUCAGGGGUUGAAGGAUCCCAGGGGAAAUGUGCAAAGCUAUAGUUUGUUGGAUAAUAACAGGCAAAAUGAAAUUUGCUUAUGGUUUCUCCUAAGGGAUAAUUCCAGCCAAAUGUAUGUAUAGGGCUGAGGCAUGUUUAGGAGCUACGUUAUAGCGUCAUGCUGUAAUUAUGUCACUUGCACCAACUGCAUCAUUCAAAUCAUUUCCAUCCAGGUAGUCCUUGACUUAUGACAGAAAUUUCAUACUCUAGUAUAGGUAGUCCUUGAUUUACAACUAUUCAUUUAGUGACCAUUGAAAAUCACAAUGGCACCGAAUGGUGACUGUUUUUCACACUUACAACUGUUGCAACCAGUGGUGAAAUGUAAAAUUCAUUACUACCGGUUUUGUGGGCAUGGCUUGGUGGGGGAGCAUAAUGUGACUGGGUGGCCCUGGCCAACUUUUUUUUUUUUACUUUUAAUAGGAUUUUUUCUACAACCUCUUCGGCUGGUUGUAAAAAAUGUUUUUAAAGGCUUCUGACAAUCCCAGCUGAGAUGCCUGAUCGUCAGAAACUUUUAAAAGCAUUUUUUACAACCUCUUCAGCUGAAGUGGUUGUAGAAAAAAUGCUUUUAAAAGGUUCUGAUGAUCCCAGUUGAGCCGCGCGAUCAUCAGGUUUUUUUUAAAACUUUUAAAAGCGUUUUUUCGGCCGAAGAAAAAAUGCUUUUAAAAGUAAAAAAAAAACCCUCUGAUGAUUGCACAGCUCAGCUGGGCAUGGGCAGGUGUGGGGGAGGGCACAGAUUUUUGCUACCAAUUCUCUGAACCACCCGCCGCCAUCGCUACCGGAUCGAACAAUCCGGUCCAAACCGGGGGCAUUUCACCCCUGGUUGCAACAUCUCCAUGGUCACAUGAUCAAAAUUCAGAUGCUUGACAACUGGCUUAUAUUUAUCACAAUGCUGUUUCCUGAAGUCAUGUGUGAUCACUUUUUGCUAUCUUCUGAUAAGCAAAGUCAAUGGGGCAACCAGGUUCACUUAACAACUGUGCUGCUAAUUUAACAACUGCAGUGAUUCACUUAACAGCUGUGGCAAGAAAUGUCAUAAAAUGGGGCAAAAUUUACUUAACAACUGUCUUGCUUAGCAACAGAAAUGUUGGGUUCAGUUGUGGACAUAAGUCAAGGACUACCUGCAUAGUCUUACGUUGAGGACUGCAUGUAAAGCACUAUCACGAGUGAUGUCAUACAGCCCUCACAGAUACUUGUGGUGCAGAGUUCCAACUAGAAAAUAAAAAUAAUAAUGCUUUCUAACAUUUUGGAAAGGAAAAAGAACAUUGUAGACUGCUUACUAAAGAUAGAGAAUUCAUUAGAAUUCAUGGUGUGAAUGCAUUUUUGUCCUUCGGGCGUCCACUUCUUAAGAUUGGCCAAAUUUCAAGUGUACACCGGUAUAUUUUCUCCAAGCGUGUUUGAAACACUACAAUCCAGAAAUUGUGACAAUCCACAUUGACAAUCCAUAUAGACAAGAAACACAUGUGUGCGUUAUUUGGCAUUAAGAAGUCAUUCACCAAACGUGGAUUUGCCUGAAGGAAGAGAUGUCGUUGUAUCCAUUCAAUUUGACCCAUAGGGUAUAGUUGCACAAUUUCUAAAAUGCAUCUGAGUUCUCAAUAGAGGUUUUUCAUGUGUGAAAUCAUUCACACAUCAUGAGUGAAGACAUUCAUUCAUAAAAGGUUAACGCAGUAGUAGCUAGUGAAAGUGUAUUAUUUGAUUUAGCAAUAACAUGCUAGCAUUUUUAUAUCUAUGGUUUUAUAAAAUUUACAUUGUAAUUUUCAUAGCUUAUAAACUCUUAUUCCUCAUU